AUGAAGAUCAACUUUGUCCAUCUGAUGCCGGCGGUAGCCAACUUGUUAGAGCUAUCCGCGUUGCCCGGACUUACUGGCCUCACUCUUGCAGAAGCCGCUAUUAGCUGUGCCGUCGGAGCCAUCAGCCCGGAUAGGCCAGUCAGGCACGUGGGAAAGCGUCUAGGCGGCUACUUGUGGAUUAUUGAUCAAGACGAUUGCAGGCAUCUAAUGCCCAUAGGCUGCGUCGGGGAACUCGUGGUUUCCGGACCGACGCUGGCCAGAGGGUAUCUCAACGACGCGGCGAAGACAAAUGCCGCCUUCAUCACAUAUGUCGAUUUGAUUGCCAAGGAAAAGGACAAUAUCCUGUACAAAACAGGAGACCUGGCGCGGUUUGAUUUCGACGGCAACGUGGAGAUGAUGGGCAGAGAGGAGUCAAAGGACGACGGGCAAAUCAAGCUCAACGACCUGAGGAUUGAGCUCGGAGAGAUUGAGAAGGCGAAAAUGUUGCCCUCAAUUUUCAGAAGCUCGUCAUACAUGUUCAAGAGGGCGAUAUCCAAGGCAGCACACAGACUCCAAAAUAACUUGCCGCAAUACAUGGUUCCCAAUUUGUGGACACCCGUAUGCUCGUGGCCUCCGAAUGCGACCGGCAAGACGGACAAAAGACGCCUCGCGUCAGCCGCCGAGGCCCAAGCCCCAGCCAAGAUGAUGGAGUAUCUACAGACCACGAAAGCAGAUGGCAGCAGUGAUGAGAUGGAGAUGAAGAAUAGGGCAGAGGAGGUCCUUGAAGACGCUUGGAAGCAGGUUCUGAACAGGCAAGACGGCGUGACAUAUGAACUGCACGACGACUUCUUUGCCGUAGGCGGCGAUUCCCACACAACCAUCAGGCUCAUCUCUUUGCUCAAGGCCAAGGGCGCACAGGUCACUGCGCAGGACAUUUUUGGAGCCAAGACGUUGAGAAAUAUGGCAAUCGUCAUCUCUAUCAAAAACCCAGGAUACAUCUGGGCGCGCGAUGGCUCCAGGUCAAGGGACCAAAACAUGAAUGGGGUCACUGGAGCUGCCAACGAGGGAGAGAUGCCGCCGGUCGUGGCCAUGGAGACUGGAAUCGAAGACGUAUACCCUCCGUCACACAUGUAG